AAAAUAUCUGCAGCAUCAACCAGAGCUCAGCUCAUACGAGAAAAGCCAAGCAAAACAGUUUCUUUAAAGCUUCCCUCAAUCAGUAUAACGUUGAUCAACACUUCAAGGAUGUUGAAGAGAGCUGUAGUGUUGAUUUUUGUGGUGUUUCUGGCAUGGGCUUAUAAGGCAACCCAACCUCUUCCACCUAAGAUAUGUGGUUCUCCAGAUGGUCCCCCUGUUACAGCAACAAGAAUCAAACUUAGUGAUGGAAGGCAUUUGGCAUACAAAGAACAUGGUGUGCCUAAAGAAACAGCCAAAUAUAAAAUUGUCUAUGUCCAUGCUUUUGAUUUUUGCAGGCAUGAUGCUGUCAUCGCCAAAACACUAUCUCCGGAAAUCGUUGAAGAGUUGGGGAUCUACGUUGUGUCUUUUGACAGACCUGGUUAUGGGGAGAGUGAUCCUAAUCCAAAGCGAACAGUGAAGAGCAUGGCUUUGGAUAUAGAAGAGCUUGCUGAUCAAUUGGGAUUGGGAUCAAAAUUCUAUGUAAUUGGUUUCUCAAUGGGUGGGCAGGUGCUUUGGAGUUGCCUCAAGUACAUUCCUCACAGGUUAGCAGGGGCAGGACUAUUAGCUCCAGUGGUUAACUACUGGUGGCCGGGUUUUCCUGGAAACUUAUCUGGUGAAGUCUACAACCAGCAGCUUUGGCAAGAUCAAUGGACACUUCGUGUUGCUCACUACACUCCUUGGCUUACCUACUGGUGGAACACUCAAAAAUGGUUCCCCUCUCUUAGUGUUGCAGCAAAUAAUAUGGAUAUUUUUUCUCCCCAAGACAAAGAACUCAUGGCAAAGCUCUCUGACAGAGAAAACUAUAUGGCACAGGUAAGACAGCAAGGAGAAUUUGAGUCCCUCCAUCGUGACCUGAUUGUUGGAUUUUCUGCUUGGGAGUUCAGUCCUAUGGAUUUGGAAAACCCAUUUCCAAACAAUGAAGGUUCUGUCCACUUGUGGCAUGGAGAUGAAGAUUGGAUUGUGCCUGUUACACUGCAACGAUACAUUGCCCAACAAUUGCCAUGGAUUCACUAUCAUGAGCUUCCGGGAGCUGGGCACUUUUUCUCAUAUGCUGAUGGAAUGGGUGAUACUAUCAUCAAGGCAAUUUUGAGAUGGGAGAAGUAACCUCAGUGGCAAAGCCAGAAAAUUUUUCUAAGGAAAGAGACUAAAUAUAGCAAAAUUCUUAACUUAAAAAUAAAAGGUUGAUGAACCCAAAUAAGUACUUUAUUUCAUAUGUUAGAAACUUAAAUAAUAAAGUUAUGUCCUGUACUCUUUCAUUGUGAUAAAAUAAUUUAUUAAUUGGUUCUAAGCCAAACAUUCUAAUCA